AUGGUCUCCCUCCACCCCCUGAUCGACAACGGCAUCACCAAGGGCAGCCCCGACCACGCCGGCGGCGUCCUCUACUGCAAGUGCGCUAGCAACCCGGUCGCGGUCACGUUGGGCACCAACGUGGCGCACAACCACGCGUGCGGGUGCUCCAAGUGCUGGAAGCCGGCGGGGGCGCUGUUCAGCAUCGUGGGGGUGGUGCCGCGGGAGCAGCUGUCGGUGACGGCGAACGAGUCGAAGCUGGCCGUCGUCGACGCCAGCGCGGCGAUCCAGCGGCACGCGUGCACCGAGUGCGGCACGCACAUGUACGGCCGCAUCGAGGUCGAGCACCCGUUCAAGGGCCUCGACUUCGUCCACGCCGAGCUCAGCCCCGAGCCCGGCUGGCAGGAGCCCCAGUUCGCCGCCUUCGUCAGCAGCAUCAUCGAGCAGGGCUUCGACCCCGCCCUCAUCGGCGGCGUCCGCGACCGGCUCCACGCCGCCGGCCUCGACACCUACGACUGCCUCUCGCCCCCCCUCAUGGACCUCAUCGCCGCCUACACCGCCAAGAAGACCGGCGUCCGCAAGUGA